AUGCUGAUUUCGGUGUUACAAGUAGUCACUUGGAUCGUUAAAACUGUGUGCUACAAGGUGGAAGCUAUCCUCGCGGCAAUGUUUCUGUCUGGACUCUGCGGCGGUGUAUUAAUGGUUGUGCCGAUCUAUGUGAGCGAGAUCUGCCAAGACUCCAUACGAGGGAGAAUGACGGCAGGCACAAUGAUAUUCUACUAUAUUGGGAUGCUCGUUUCAUACCUCAUGGGAGGCUAUUUAAAAUACGACAUCAUGAACUACGUCUGUUUAUCCAUGACAGUGCUUGGAGUGGUUCUUGUAUCUUUUUUAAAGGAGUCACCGAUCCAUCUGAUCAGGAAAGGCCAUGAGAACGAGACUGCACGAGCAAUUGCAUUCUACAGAGGCACGUCUAUUAAUUCUAAGCUGGUUAAAGAAGAAUUGCAAGUGCUUCGAAGGGCGCUUAAUCCGGAUUUGUGUGAUAUUACGCCUGAAGAAGAGAAACUAAAGCCUGAUUUGAAGGAAAACCCUAAAGUUUCCUGGUGGCAAUUUUUAAAAAAAUCAAGGUCGACCCGACGAGCUCUAUUCAUGAUAGUAGUGUUAAACACGAUGGCGAUAUUCCAAGGUCUGAUAGUGGCGCAAGUGUACGCGCAGCCUCUCUUCGCCGAGGCUGUGCCCUCAAUGUCAUCAACUAUAUGCAGCGUAAUCUUCACGUUAGUGACCAUUACGUCCGGCUUUGUUGGCGUCUUUUUAGUUGAUUGGGCGGGGAGACGGUUGUUAAUGAUCUACGCUUCUUUUUGUACCGGUGUGUGCUGCGUGAUCCUGGGUACCCAAAUUCAACUGCAUUGGGGUCCGCACUGGGUCACCGCAAUGUUCAUGUGCUUAUUCAGCUUGACUAACAAGUGCGGAGCGGGGACCGUUCCCCAAGUGUUAAUUGCAGAGAUAUUCUUACCGGAGAUCAAGAGCGUUGCAUCAAUGAUUGUCUACGAGUGUUCCUUCGUCUGCGCUUUCAUCGUUCUCUUCAUCUUCAACCCGCUUGUCGCCACAAUCGGCUUGGGUCCGGUCUUCUACUUCUUCGCGGUUGCUUGCUUCCUUUCCGCCAUUUUUUCUAUCUUCUUUUUACCCGAAACGAAAGGUCUUACCGUGGACGUUAUUCAGAGUCUUUUCGUAAAGCGGACCGUUCGACGACGUUAUAUGGUCGAUACAGAAACCAUAUUUUAA